AUGUCCGCCGACGCCGACUAUGUGCGCCGUGAGCUCACGUCGCGCUGCAUUGCCAUCAUGAACCGUGCAGACCCCGCGCUCAUCGACUACAUGAAGUACCACAUCGACAAUGUUGAUGUUACCAAGGGCCCCAACUACGAGAAGGCUAAGAAGUUCGGUCAGAUCCUUCUCGAGAACUGUCUCGAGGUUGCCGACAAGCCCCCCGUUUACCGCGAUGUCGCCCUCCCCACUGCUCCCCACACCGAGGUCUCCCAGAAGGGUGACAUUCAGUACUCUGAGAUCCCCCGCCAGCACGUCCGUAAGCUCGAGAGCUACGUCAAGGAGAUGGCCAACGGCGGUGAGGUUGAGGCUCAGGUCAACCUUGAGAAGGCUCAGGCCGACAUUGAGAAGCUCUGGGAGCUCGUGAACGCCCAGCCCUCCAUCACCAGCGCUCAGAAGUCCGCUAUCCGUAACAUGUACUCUGAGGUUAUCAAGUCGCUCGGCCAGCAGGCCUCUUCCGCCGCUUCCAAGGACCCCCUUGAGCGCGCCAAGGGCCCCAAGGCCCGCCGUGACUCCUCGCAGUUCCUCCGCCCCCAGGUCGAGGACCGCACCGAGGUCGACGACGAGCACCUUCCCUUCCUCCACCUCAAGAGGAAGACCGGAACCGCCUGGGCUUACUCCAACAAGCUCACCAACAUCUACUUUGACGUCCUGACUGAGAUUGCCUCGUCUGGUGUCACUUACGCCAAGAAGGCCGCCCUCCUCACCGGUGUCGGCAAGGGCUCUAUCGGUGUUGAGAUCCUCAAGGGUCUCCUCUCUGGCGGUGCCACCUGUAUCGUCACCACCUCGCGCUACAGCCGCGACACUGUCGACUACUACAAGAACAUCUUCCACGAGGUCGGCUCCAAGGGCUCCAAGCUGAUUGUCGUCCCCUUCAACGGUGCCUCCAAGCAGGACGUUGAGGCUCUCGUCGACUACAUCUACUCCGACCUCGGCGUCGACCUUGACUACAUUGUCCCCUUCGCCGCUCUUCCCGAGAACGGCCGUGAGAUCGACGGUCUUGACGACCGCUCUGAGCUUGCUCACCGUCUCAUGUUGACCAACCUCCUCCGUCUUCUCGGUGCCGUCAAGGCCAAGAAGGCUGCCCGCAAGUUCGUUACCCGCCCCACCCAGGUUGUCCUUCCCCUCUCGCCCAACCACGGUGUUUUCGGUAACGACGGUCUCUACGCCGAGUCCAAGAUCUCGCUCGAGACCCUCUUCAACCGUUGGGCUUCCGAGUCCUGGGGCGAGUACCUCUGUAUCGCCGGUGCCGUCAUUGGCUGGACCCGUGGUACUGGUCUCAUGAGCGCCACCAACUUUGUCGCUGAGGGCCUUGAGAAGCUCGGUGUUCGCACUUUCUCGGCCAAGGAGAUGGCUUUCAACAUUCUCGGUUUGAUGCACCCUCUCCUCUUCGACAUCACCCAGAUCGAGCCCAUCUGGGCCGACCUUAACGGUGGCAUGGACCGCGUUGCCGGUCUCGCCGACGUCAUGACCUCGAUCCGUCUUGACAUUAACAAGAUUGCCGACCUCCGCAAGGCCAUCGCCCUCGACAACGGUGCCGACUUCCGUGUCACCAACGGCGCUGACGCUGAGCGCCUUCACCAGAAGGUUUCCAUUGCUCCUCGCGCCAACUUCAACUUUGACUUCCCCAAGAUUGAGGAGGACGACGUUCUCAAGGAGCUCAACCACCUCCAGGGUCUCAUUGACCUUGACAAGGUCAUUGUCUGUACCGGUUUCGCCGAGGUUGGCCCUUGGGGCUCUUCGCGUACCCGUUGGGAGAUGGAGGCCCGCGGUGAGUUCACCAUCGAGGGCUGCAUUGAGCUCGCCUGGAUGAUGGGCUACAUCAAGUACCUCGACGGCAAGCUCAAGGACGGCAAGGCCUACGUCGGCUGGGUCGACGCCAAGUCUGGAGAGCCCGUUGACGACAAGGACGUCCGCUCCAAGUACGAGAAGGAGAUUCUCGAGCACACUGGUAUCCGUCUCAUCGAGCCCGAGCUCUUCCACGGCUACGACCCCGAGCGCAAGGGCUUCACCCAGGAGGUUGAGCUCUCGCACGACCUCGAGCCCCUCGAGGUCUCUGCCGACGACGCCGCCAAGUUCAAGCGUGAGCAGGGCGACAACGUCGACAUCUGGGCCCAGGAGUCUGGCGAGUGGUUCGUCAAGUUCAAGAAGGGUGCCCGUGUCCUUCUCCCCAAGGCCGUCAAGUUUGACCGUGUUGUCGCCGGCCAGCUCCCCACUGGCUGGGACGCCAAGCGCUACGGUCUCCCCGAGGACAUCAUUGCCCAGACCGACCGCACUGCCCUCUGGGCCCUCGUCUCCGUCAUGGAGGCUCUCAUCAUGUCGGGUGUCACCGACCCCUACGAGAUCUACAAGCACGUCCACCCCUCUGAGGUUGGUACUUCGCUCGGUUCCGGUAUGGGUGGUAUGGCCUCGCUCUCGCAGAUGUUCAAGGACCGUCGCGAGGAGAAGGACGUCCAGAAGGACAUUCUCCAGGAGACCUUCAUCAACACUGUCGCUGGUUGGGUCAACCUGCUCCUCAUGUCCGCCUCGGGUCCCGUCAAGAUCCCCGUCGGUGCGUGUGCCACUGCCCUGCAGUCCGUUGAGAUUGCCUGCGACUCGAUCCUCGGCGGCAAGGCCAAGGUCAUGAUUGCUGGUGGUUUCGACGACUUCUCCGAGGAGGGCUCGUACGAGUUCGCCAACAUGAAGGCCACCUCGAACGCCGAGUCCGAGUUUGCCAACGGCCGUGAGCCCAACGAGUUCUCGCGCCCCAUGACCUCGACCCGUGCUGGAUUCAUGGAGUCGCAGGGAUGCGGUGUCCACGUUCUCAUGAGCGCCAAGACUGCCCUCGAGAUGGGUGCCUCCAUCCAGGGUAUCGUCGCCUACUCGUCGACCCACACCGACAAGGCUGGUCGUUCCGUCCCCGCCCCCGGCCGUGGUGUCCUCUCCACUGCCCGCGAGGUCAACCCCGCCCGCGCCCUUCCCAUCCUCGACGUCAAGUACCGUGCUCGUCAGCUCGCCUUCCGCCGCAACCAGAUUGCUCAGUGGAUGGAGAACGAGAUUGACUUUGUCCGCGACGAGCUCGCCGCCUCUGGCGAGUCGACCGACGGCGAAGCGUUCAAGGAGCGCGUCGCCCUCAUCGAGUCCGAGGCCAAGCGCCAGGAGAAGGACGCUCUUGCCACUUUUGGUAUGCUCGAGGGUUCUGACCCCUCGAUCGCUCCCCUCCGCCGUGCCCUCGCCGUCUGGGGUCUUGACGCCGACUCGGUCGGUGUCAUCUCGUGCCACGGUACCUCGACCAAGGCCAACGACAAGAACGAGUCUGGUGUCUACAACCUCCAGUUCGAGCAGCUCGGCCGCACCAAGGGUAACGCCGUCCCCGUCAUCACCCAGAAGUACCUCACUGGUCACCCCAAGGGUGGUGCCGCCGCGUGGAUGUUCAACGGUAUGCUGCAGACGAUCAACUCUGCCCUUGUCCCCGGCAACCGCAACGCCGACAACAUCUCGGAGGAGCUCCUCGCUUUCCCGUACCUGUUCUACCCGUCCAAGUCGAUCCAGCACACGCGUCUCGAGGCUGGUCUCCUGACCUCGUUCGGUUUCGGCCAGGUCGGUGGCCAGGCCGCGAUCCUGCACCCGCGUUACCUCUACGCCUCGCUUGAGCCCUCGCAGCUCAAGGAGUACAAGGAGAAGCGCCGCGAGCGUGAGCUCGACUCGUACACGCGUCUCUCGCAGGCGUUCGUCGAGAACAACCUCGUCCAGAUCAAGGACGCUCCUCCGUACACGCCCGAGCUCGAGGGACCCGUUCUCCUCAACCCGCUCGCCCGCGCCACCCCGACCGCGAAGGGCAGCUACGCGUUCCAGGGCAAGCUCCCCUCGUCGAUCCCGGCGCAGCACGAGCACGCCGAGACGGUGAAGAAGCUCCUGAAGCACCAGAAGUCGACCGCCGGCGUCGGCGUCGACACCGAGCUCAUCUCUGCCGUGCCGACAAGCGAGACGUUCCGCAUGCGCAACUUCACCCCCGACGAGAUCAUGUACUGCUCCAAGGCGCCCGACGUCGAUGCGUCCUUCGCGGGCCGCUGGGCCGCCAAGGAGGCCGUCUUCAAGGCCCUCGGCGUGCCUUCCAAGGGCGCCGGCGCGGCCAUGAAGGACAUUGAGAUCGUCGCGUCCGAGACUGGACCCCAGGUCCGUCUCGCCGGCGACGCCGCCAAGGCCGCGGGAGGCAAGAAGAUCGAGGUGUCUAUUUCGCACUCGGACUCGUCGGCUAUUGCGUUUGCUGUGGCUCAGUAG